AUGAGCCUUAAAUCGUCAAAACACAUCGCUGAAGUAUUAGAUGAACUUGAAGGUAUUUCAGAUAACGAAUCAAUUGAUAUUAUUAUAAUUCCUCCCGAUGUAGAUAGUUUGACUAACGAAGAACAUUUCGAUGAUAAUGAGGUGGCUAUAAACGAUGUUGUAGACGUUCCACUUGAUGUGUGUGGAACAUUUGAAAUUUUAAAAAGUUCCGGUGUAGAUAAUCUUUCAAAACCAAAUCCUUCCAAAAAACGUAAGGAAACACCCCCAAAAUGGAAAUCAAAAAUGCACCCCAACUAUACUGAUGGACCAAUUAACGAAGAACAAAAAUGUGUUGCACAAUUAGUUGAAAAUUAUGGUGGGACGAACGUGUUGCAAUGUUUUUUAUUAUUUUUCGAUGAUACUGUGAUUAAUCUCAUAAUAGACAAUUCAAAUAAAUAUGCUACCUACUGUAACAGGCAUAACUUUUCUUUAGGAAAGACAGAUUUAUUAAAAUUUAUCGGUAUUAUGAUCUUAACUGGUUACCAUAGUUUACCAAAAAUCGAAAACUAUUGGUCUAAAGACGAAGACAAAGAAGUAAUUUUAGUAAGGAAAACAAUGUCAAGGAACAAAUUUAAAAAUAUAAAACAAAAUUUACAUUUAUCUGACAAUAAAAACCUUGAUUUGACCGAUAAAUUUGCUAAGGUACGACCUUUUUUCAAUAUAUUGAAUGAAAAGUUUUCUCAGUUCGGAAUAUUUUCUCAUAAUCUGUCGAUUGAUGAAGAAAUGGUGCCAUAUUUCGGUCGGCAUUCUUGUAAAAUGUUCAUUAAAGGGAAACCUGUUAGAUUUGGUUUCAAGUUGUGGUGCUUGACAUCUGAGAAUGGCUAUUUGUACAAAUUUUUACCUUAUGGUGGUGCUAGUACAAAAAGAGUGGACGGUUUACCUCUUGGUUCGGAGGUUGUUUUAGGUUUAUUGGAAAUAGUAGAUCAACCACAGCUUCAUAGAAUAUUCUUCGAUAACUUCUUUACAAGUUAUAAAUUACUGUUGAUGUUGAAAGAAAAACAUUUUUUUGCAACUGGGACAGUUCGGGAUAAUCGAACAGGAAAUUGCAAUUUGAAAUCAAUGAAACUAAUGGCUAAAGAACCCAAAGGCACUUUUGAUUUCACUUUCGACAGUGAGAAUGGAAUAGGUGCAGUUCGUUGGUGUGACAAUGCUGUUGUUACAAUGAUGUCUAACGUAGACACCAUAGAACCCAUACAUGCUGCUAAACGUUAUGAUAGGAAACUGAAAAAACCGAUAAGUGUACAACAGCCAAGUAUGAUUUAUAAUUAUAAUAAAAAUAUGGGUGGCGUAGACCUCCAUGAUAAUGGCAUUGCAAACUAUCGUAUAAAAAUACGGGGCAAAAAAUGGUGGUGGCCAUUAUUUAGCAAUGCAGUGGAUAGCACGAUAGUCAAUGCAUGGAAGUUUUACAACUUGGUAAAUAAAAAAAAAGUGCCACAGCUUGACUUCAGAUCAGAGUUAGUACUAUGUCUAUUAAAAGUUGAAACAAGCCUCAAAGACAAUGAUGAAGACGAGUCUCAACAUUCUACAACUAGCAACGUCAGUUUCGGUCGACCUUCAAAAAACAGUCUUCCAGAUGCCAUUAGAAAAGACGGAAUGGACCACAUUAUUAUCAAAGAUGAUGUUAGAAGAAGAUGUCGCCAUUGCUCUUCUCAAACAAUUUAUUCUUGCAGAAAAUGUUUGGUGUCUCUUCAUCCACACUGCUUUGCUAUAUUUCAUGAUAAAUAA